AUGCCACUGAGCCCAACAUUUGAGGAGUUGUCGAGCAUCCGGACCCGCAAGCCGUUAGAGGAGGAGCUUGGAUUGAGUGCGGCAGAUGCCGUGGCCACCAACCGGCUCAACAGCACAUUCCACAACAACAACGCUGAAGCAGUCCUGCACAAAUUAAGUCCCGUUGUUUUCCCUGUGAACUUUGCCAACAUUCCUGUUGUUGUCCCCAUCCCCACCCUCUCCUCUGUUCAUCCCAAUUCGCCCCAGGGAGCAGAAGCCCCGCUCCGCAACGCAAGCGGCACUUCUUGA